AUGAGGCUCCUAGCUACCGGCAGAGCUAUCAGGCUCCAUCACUCACGAUGGUCAAUUAAUCGCGCCAAUGGCCAGGGUGUAUGCGCAUUGUUUACUAUACCCGCUGCGAACCAUCCCGGAUUUCGCUAUUCGAGCUCAUCGCAAGGACCAGAGCAAAAAUCAAGUCAAUCGACAGCAGCAACAUUAAAUUCAGCUACUACGAGCUCUGCACUGGGCGCAGAAUCACAAGGAACAAUCAUUGUGGAAGGCAAAUCCUAUCCUACCGAUCAAUGGACGAAUGCAACCCCCUCUAUCCUAUCCCAUAUUUCGAAAGGACUAUAUACACGAGAAAACCAUCCACUAUACAUAACCCGAAAAUUAAUCGAGAGUCAAUUUCCCGGUCCAACGUAUGGAAACUACACCGAAAAGAACCCCGUCGUCACAACGGCUCAGAACUUUGAUGUCCUCGGAUUCCCACUAGACCAUCCCGGACGCAGUCGAACGGAUACUUAUUACGUGAAUGAGAAGACUGUGUUGCGAACGCAUACCAGCGCACACCAAGCUGAGUAUUUUCGCCGCAUGGCAGAGGAAAAUGCUAAAGAAGAUGGGUAUACAGUGGCAGCCGAUGUUUAUCGAAGGGAUGCAAUUGAUAGGAGUCAUUAUCCGGUAUUUCAUCAGAUGGAAGGAGCGCGGUUGUGGAAACGUACACCGGGCAUGACUGCGUCAGAAAGCGCUGCAAGAAUCCUUGAGGAUGUCAAGAAAUUGCCCACGCACGAUGUUGAGGUGGAAGACCCGAACCCAGUUACGCACCCGGAACGCAAUCCACUACAAGCAGACUAUCAUUCUCAAGAGGAAGUGGAUGCUGUAGUAGCCCACCUUAAACGGAAUCUGGAGCUUUUGGUCGUCAGGAUUUUUUCUGAGGCGUCCAAAGCAUCCCAGGAUUCUGGUUCACCGCCAGAACCCUUAAAGAUCCGGUGGAUAGAGGGAUACUUUCCAUUCACCAGCCCUUCCUACGAACUGGAAGUGUUCUGGCAGGGUGACUGGCUGGAGGUUGUAGGUUGUGGUGUCAUCAAGCAAGAACUACUCAAUAACUCCGGCGUUCCCGAUCGAAUCGGCUGGGCAUUCGGACUUGGCCUGGAACGCAUUGCAAUGCUUCUCUUCGAAAUCCCUGACAUUCGUCUAUUCUGGUCGCAAGACUCCCGAUUUCUGUCACAAUUCCGCAACGAUAAGAUCGUCCGUUUCCAGCCCUUCUCCAAACAUCCCGAAUGCUACAAGGAUGUUGCUUUCUGGUUAAGCUCUGCUGCGACAAGUGGCACAGGGGCCAGUGCUGCUGGCGGCGCUAUCUCUUUCCAUGACAACGAUAUGAUGGAGAUUGUCCGCGAGUGCGCCAAGGACAUUGUGGAAGAUGUUAAACUGGUGGAUGAAUUCGUGCACCCAAAAACCGGACGAAAGAGUUUAUGUUAUAGAAUCAACUAUCGAAGUCUAGAGCAUACUUUGACCAACAAAGAGGUGAAUGUGGUUCAUGAGCAGGUCCGACAGACUUUGGUGGAGAGUAGGCCCGGCGAACGGACAAUGGGCACCAGUGUCAAGACAACAGAGCUCAUGCCUGCCACGACUGAGCAGCAGCAGCAGCCAAAGAAAGUGGUGAAAAAAAUCCAUUAUCCGUUCUGGUUUGGUGGUUCGGCGUCAUGUUUUGCUGCUGCUGUUACGCAUCCAUUGGAUCUUGCCCGCGCUCCCAAUGCGCCAACUUCAAUGCUGGGAACAUUUGUCCAUGUUGCUAAGAACAAUGGAGUUCUGGGAUUAUAUAGCGGUCUAUCUGCCGCCAUACUUCGACAAAUGACAUACUCAACAACCCGUUUCGGAGUCUACGAAGAACUAAAGUCCCACUUCACCGACCCCAAUUCCUCCCCCAAAAUGCUCAGUUUACUCUGGAUGGGCUGUCUAUCCGGAUUUCUAGGUGGUAUAGCCGGUAACUUUGCCGAUCUCAUCAAUGUCCGUAUGCAAAACGACGCAGCUCUCCCGCCCCACAAACGACGGAAUUAUAAACAUGCUAUCGACGGUGUGGUUCGCAUGACUCGGGAAGAAGGUUUUGCCAGUUUAUUUCGCGGUGUGUGGCCCAAUUCGACUCGAGCAGUUCUCAUGACUGCGUCGCAACUCGUCUCGUACGAUAUAUUUAAACGCAUAUGUACCGAUAAACUAGGUAUGCCGGAUAGUCUAUCGACACAUUUCACGGCUUCGAUAUCAGCUGGCUUCGUGGCUACGACCGUCUGUAGUCCUGUGGACGUUAUCAAGACCAGGGUCAUGAGUGCCCAUCACACAGAUACGAAAGCUGGAUUGAUGCAUUUGUUGCGAGAUAUAUAUCGCAAGGAAGGUGUAUCGUGGAUGUUUAGAGGGUGGGUGCCAGCGUUUGUGCGUUUGGGUCCUCAUACGAUUGCUACUUUCUUGUUUUUGGAGGAGCAUAAGAAAUUAUAUCGGAAGAUUAAAGAUUUAUAA